UGCUAGUGCCAAAAGAAGAGUCAAGGAAUUCUUUAUUCAUAAAAAUGCCAUGGUCUAAACUAUAGGCUUUUUAAUUCAGUUAGGGGUAUAUGUAAGUAUAAAAAUACCACAAAACCAUUCAAUACUAAGGCUAUUUCAUACGAUAACAUGGAAACCUCAAAAUGAAAUUGUUUGAGACAUUUAAGCGUUUGAAAGAGGCUACAAAUUUCAGUUAAGGAGAAAAACUAAACGUCUAGUAGAGGUAUACAAAACUCGCGGAAACAUUGUUAGCCUUCUCGGGUCUCCCGCUAAGUCAAAUUACCGUUCUUGGGAGCGAAUGGUUUAAUUCCUGUGACGUAUGUAAAGAUAAGAACAUGAAUACACGUCCCCGUGCCUAGUUACACGAAAUACAAAUAAAACAAAGAGAUAUUCCCCUUUUCAAGACAGCUAGCCAAUAGCGACGGUGGUUGAAGAGAAUCAUAACAAUUUGCAAAAACCAAAAACGCAAAGUUCUCUGAAACAAGAAGUUACAAAUGGUGAAUGGUGGUCGAAUUGUGUCAAACCGACGGGCGAGUGUAAUAUUAUUUAGCAUAAUCUUGUAAUCAUUAAGAGCCGAGCUGGUUUUUAUGCCCGGGAGCCCAAUAUGGCCUCAGAAGAAGAGGAGUGCUUCCUAAGUAUUUAAUGCUACAUAAGAAAGUGAGACACAGUGAGACUGUCAUAGCAAAUACCUCGCUUUAAUUUACGACCCUUCGCGGAUUAAUUCAAGUCGUAAUUUUCAUAACUAAACACCUGUUAUGAUCAGAGAGUGGUGAACCAAGACUCAGAAUAAUGUCGUUUGACGCAACGGCCGCUGUCGACCAGGACCAAGAUAAAAUAAUCAUCAAUGUGGGUGGAAAAAGGCACGAAUCGUACCUAUCGACGCUACGAAAUAUCCCUGACACACGACUAGCAUGGCUGGCAGAGAGCAUAAUGAAUAAACAGACCGAGCAGCCAAGAAAGGAGAUUUUCUUUGACAGACACCCCGAUCUGUUUGCUAUCAUUCUGAAUUACUACAGGACAGGAAAACUGCACGCUCCCAGAGACUGUUGUGGUCCGUUGUUUGAGGAUGAGCUUGUAUUUUGGGGUAUCGAAGAGAUGGAGAUGGAGGCUUGUUGUUGGCCGAAUUACGCCCAACACAGGGAUGCCGAGAAGAACCUAAAGGAUUUUGUCGGACCGGAAUUUGAGGAUGAGGAAGAUGGUGAAUUUGAUACGUCAAAAGAAAUGGAAAAUUAUUAUGGAACAUCCCAGAACAUGUCUUUAUGGCAAAGAAUCCAGCCUCGCGUUUGGGCGAUUUUAGACGACGCAUUUUCAUCGAGAAAAGCAAAGAUAUUCGCCAUGUUCUCGUUAUUGAUGAUCAUCUUGUCCAUCCUACUAAUGUGCGCGAGCUCGUUACAAGAAGUCAAAAAGAGUACUACAAUGAAGAACGCCACGCGAUACAUGGAAUACAUCUUCUGUACCUGGUUCACUUUAGAGCUUUUUAUUCGCAUUCUAUUUUGCCCGGAAAAAUUGCGCUUUUUCAAGCAAGUCAUGACAUGGAUUGAUAUAAUCUCCCUGUUGCCUUACUACUAUAAAUUUAUCAUGGAAGCAACAAACCAAGGAAAUGUUGCAUCCCAGCUUGAUUUUCUCCGUUCUGUCCGCUUAAUCCGUCUGUUCCGCGCGUUCCGGUUCUUUCGCUUCACAAGCGGGUUACAGAUAAUCGUGCAGUCACUGAAAGCGAGUUUCCGCGAGUUACUGCUUCUCGUUAUCAUCCUUCUUAUCCCCGUUGUGUUAUUUUCGAGCGUCAUUUACGACUUGGAAAAGGACGUGAAAGGAAACAGUGUAAACUUUACAAGCAUCCCACAAUCCUUUUGGUGGGCAAUCAUCACCAUGACAACUGUAGGGUACGGUGACAUGUCACCCAAGACACUUUCGGGUCAGAUUAUCGGCAGUCUGUGCGCCAUUUGCGGGGUAUUGAUUAUCGGCCUUCCUGUGUCGGUUAUCGGGAAUAACUUCUCUACUUAUUACGAGCAUGCGCAAGCAAGGCUUAAUCUACCGAGAAAGAAGCGUCGCUUAAUUAUGGGAGACGCAAAUAGACUGGCAUUCUUACAGGGGACGUCCCAGUCGAGCACGGAGCGAGAUCGUGACGAGUCGAUCACGGUGCCGAUACCACAAGACGCGGUAGACGAGGACGAUCUUGAGUUCCAGCGCAAUUACAGGAGAUAUCAUCGUAGAUCGAGGAACACUAUGUUCGCGAGGGGAGACGUGUACAUCGGGGGGCAGACGACGCGAAAUAAAGUCACUCUCCCGACAACACGCGAGAAUAGCCGCGAGGAGGAAUUAGAGGAACAGAAAGGCGCAAGAACUCCGGAAUCUCUGGACGCAGCACCAGAAAAGCUACCGCGGAAUUUUACGCUGAUAAACAGCACUCACGAGAGCGAGGAGAUUAUCGAAGAGACUGUCAAACCUUGCGGUAGGAACCCCUUGGGAUUAAGCAUGGAGUCUGUACGCGAUAGUCGUACGUCGAACAGAAAAUCGAAGCGCAGUAAUUCAUCAACCUCGCGAUCGAAAUCCUCAAUCGAACUAAAAACAUUAGACCCCAAAAGGCCUCUCUCGCCUAGAUCCAGCUCUCCUCGGCCAAGAAGCAGUCAUAGCUUCCGGUCACGUGUCCAGCAGUGUCCAGAAGACAGCACAGGGUGUCCGCCGCGAGCAAAGUCCAAGUCACCCUAUUUGACACCGUCUUUGAGCGCGACGUAUUUGAAAGCCCCGGAUGAAAUGCACUCACUCGCUAGGGAGAGUAAAAAGAGAUAUAGCGAUCAGGGACUGAUGUUCGAGAAUAGCCAUGCGCAACAUAGCAAAGAGAAUGGUAAUUCAAGGACGAGGGAAAGAACAAUGCAAAACGGAACAGCCAGCUAGUGGCAUACUAAAAAAAGCAGCUAGGUAGGUUACAUAAGAAUGACAGCUCUUUCUAUAAUAGCAUAAGAAUGACAGUUCUAGCUGCGAUAGCAUACAAAUGACAGCUCUUGCUAUGAUAGCAUACAAUAAAUGACAGCUCUUGCUAUAAUAGCAUACAGAUGACAGCUCUUUCUAUAAUAGCAUAAGAAUGACAGCUCUAGCUAUGAUAGCAUACAAUAAAUGACAGCUCUAGCUGCGAUAGCAUACAAAUGACAGCUCUUUCUAUAUUAGCAUAAGAAUGACAGCUCUAGCUGCGAUAGCAUAAGAGUGACAGCUCUAGCUAUGAUAGCAAACAAUAAAUGACAGCUCUUGCUACGAUAGCAUACAAAUGACAGCUCUUUCUAUAAUAGCAUAAGAAUGACAGCUCUAGCUGCGAUAGCAUAAGAGUGACAGCUCUAGCUAUGAUAGCAUGGGAAUAAGCUCUAGCUACGAUAAAUGACAGCUCUUGCUAUAAUAGCAUAAGAAUGACAGCUCUAGCUAUUAUAGCAUAGAAAUGACAGUUCUAGCUACGAUAGCAUACAAAUGACAGCUCUAGCUACGAUAGCAUACAAUUGACAGCUCUGCUUCUGAUAGCAUACAAAUGACAGCUCUAGCUACGAUAGCUACAAAUGACAGCUUUACCUACGAUAGCUACAAAUGACAGCUCUAGCUAUAAUAGCAUAAGCAUGACAGCUCUUGCUAUCAUGGCAUUCAAAGGACACUGUCUCCUGUUUUCUAGUAGUGUGGGACGUUUUGUGAUAGCUAAGCUGUAUGGUUGACAAGGACGAUCAACAACAACACCCGUUAAUCGCCGACCCUAAUUGGUCAAUGGCCCAUGUUAUAUUAGAGGGCACACGCACUCUUGGUGUCAUGCGCGCGAGCUCCCCAAAACUAGAUUUUAACGUAAGAAAACUUUUGAAUUGUUGUAUAAAGCAAACUGCGUCUCGUAGCGUACAUUUUUGUUCAUGACACGCUGUGACGUCAUAUGUGCAUCUGGAACAUUUUAUAAAUACCAAAAGGCAAACCCCUGAAGAAGUCUUAUUAGAGUUUUUGGUAGUCAUUUUUGCUUGCGCUCAUAGGAAUGAUCGGUAGAAGUAAGAAGAAGUUAAGUAAAAUAUAAAAUUGUAGUUUUCCGAUAAAAACGUACCGCCCAAGAAAAAAACAAAAAGAGAUUUUUUUAUGCCUUAUCUCACAAAAAAAAGAGAUUUUUUUAUGCCUUACCUCCACGGGACGUUUAUGCUUUAUAGUUUUGUCUACGAAUAGCACGUCUAUUGAGAACCCCCUGCAGCUCCCCCCCCCCUUACUUUUAAAUAAAAUAAGACAACUAAUGUUAUGACCUUCCCCCUCAAUUCCAAUGUUCUUUGUGUAAUGUAAUGAUUGUCUUUUACAAGCCACACUCACGCAACUACGUAAAGACACUAAUCGUUUUGGCGCCAUUUACUGGCUUAUUAAAUCUUUAUGAAAAUUGCGAGUUUAAGAAUUAAUAGGAAGCGUAUUAUCGAAAUCCUUUGAUAACAGGUUAAUAUUUUAGCUGGCUUUUUGCUAGAACACAGUACUAAAUCUAUUGUAGCUAGCUUAUUUAUCUCUUUUAAUAUGCAAUAUAUUGAAAACGGAUAUUGAAACGUGCGAUUAGCUAGGAUUGGAAUGGGGCCUUAAAUGGUCAUACUAAAAGCUUUCUCCAAGAGGAGUACUCAGUAUCUAAGCAAAGCAUAUAUAAUUUCUCUUCUUCCUGAAAGGCCUACCUUCUUCGUAUACGAAGAUUCUUGUGAGCGUGUGAGCUAAUUAAUGCAUUUUGUGAAAAUAGCGCGGGCUCGUGCGCAGAUCCUGACCCGUUCCCAGUCGUGAUCGUGUGCGGAGAAGAUGGCGCGCAAAGGUUCACGGACAAUGAGAAGGAAGACAAUGAAAACGCAAUGCAUGCUGGACCGUCACAAAAGCUGGUUCGCCUUCCCGUGGUCCUUUUCGCGCCGCGUUUUUUUUAACAGAGCCAAGACUGGGGACAAGACAGGCCAUUUUCCAUAUCGUAACUUUCAUAGUAGCAGCUGAAAAGAGAUUGGUAUCAAACAAAAGUUUCAAGUAUAUAAAUAUAAAAGCGCGCGAAUAAAGUCAAGGAGCGGUGCGCGAGGAACACUACGCUCGAUUAUUUCCAUGUUUGUUACUACACUUUAGAGAAUAAAGAGGAGCAAAACGAUAGGGGAAUAAAGAAGAAA